CUCAUUUAAUCAUUUUAUACAAUAAUAUAUAUACUGAUUAUUUUUUAAAAAUAUAUUAAACGCCACCAUUUAAAAUUCAAUGUCACGAUUAAUUUCAAUUUCCCUCUUUAUUUAUUUUUUUAAACUUUAUCACAGAUAUAAAUGUGUAAUAAUUUAAAUUAUUUGUGGAAAAAUUUAAAUGUGUAGGUUAUAACUUGGUGAUAUGAUUUUCCUCUCUAGAAUCUUACUUAGGAACAAUAGUAAGCGUCUUCCCGUGAAGCUUAAUAGUUGUGUUCAAUCUGGAUAUUUUUAUUUAACACAUAUAUCACCUCUAAAGUCAAAGUUUAGAAUGGCGUUACGUAAAUACGAUCCCAGACUCGAUAAACAUGUGGUUUUCUAUCAGACAACUGCCGCUGGUUCAGGGCAGAAAAAGACUCCGGCAUCUGAGCAUUCUCAGAAAUAUGCCCGCUUUACUGGGAAAUCCAAGAAUAUGAGGCCUCUGUUGGCCCGUAUUCAAAGGGCGUAUGAAUACGGAAGAUACAAUGCAUUUGACAGAGCAUAUCAACGACUUGUAGAUUCCAGAGGAAAAGUUACUCCAAGACUUAAUUAAACAAAAUUUGUUAGCA